GAGCCCAACUCUUGCGCCACACGCUCACUGAGGAAGACUGGCCCCUGGGCAGAACAGGCAUUACGCAACACAGGGGGUUGGCUGUCCUACGGUCUCCUAGCCAGGAAAGGCAGCAGAGCAGUCCCGGAUCAGAGAGGCAUCCCGAGGGGUAAGGACGUGGGGAACAAGAUGAAGUCUUGCAUGGGCCUUCUCCUCGCCCUGGCAUUCCUGCUGGCUGCCCCGGGCCCCAGGGCAGGCUUUGCCCAGGAGACAGAGUCCGGCUGCUGUGCACAGCUGAAGGAAUUAUCCCAGUGCGGAGCGGACAAGAAGAUCUUUUUCCAGGGCCAGCCAGGGAUCCCAGGAAUGCCAGGCAUGCCGGGGACAAAUGGCCUACUUGGGGCUAAAGGAGAUCUAGGCCCUCAAGGGCCCCCAGGUGAGAAGGGCUCCCCUGGGGCAAUGGGGAAGGCUGGACCCAAAGGAGACAAAGGAGAAGCCAGCAGUUCUGCCAGCUCUCAGCAGCAAGGGGUAGGUGCCAGGAACUGCAAGGAGCUGCUGGAGCAGGGUGAGGGGCUGAGCGGCUGGUACACCAUCCACCCCGAACCAGGGAGAACGCUGACCGUCUUCUGUGACAUGGAAACGGAUGGCGGGGGCUGGCUGGUGUUCCAGCGGCGCCAGGAUGGGUCGGUGGAUUUCUAUCGGGGCUGGGAGGCCUACAAGAGAGGCUUUGGGAACCAAGCAUCGGAGUUCUGGCUGGGCAACGACAACAUCCACCUUCUCACCAACACUGGGACCUACCAGCUACGGAUUGAGGCCAGGGACUUCAAUGAGUCCAGCACGUUUGCCAAGUACAGCAGCUUCAAGAUGUUCAGCGAAAGGGAAAACUACACGCUCGCCUUGGGCUCCUACUCGGAUGGCACCAUGGGAGAUUCUCUCUCGGGCCACAACCGGCUGGGGUUCUCCACGCGGGACAAAGACCACGACACCUUUGGGGGCAGCUGUGCCAUCCUGUACAAAGGCGGCUGGUGGUAUGGGCAGUGCCACUCCUCCAACCUCAACGGGCUGUACCUCAAAGGUGAACACAGCUCCUACGCCAAUGGGAUCAACUGGUCCACCGGGAAGGGGCACCACUACUCUUACAAAUACGUGGACAUGAAAAUACGGCCCCAGUAGGCAGCCUCUCUCUCUGGGGGCUCUACUGAUGCUACAGGGAACCUUCCCCAGGGACCUACUGACUGAACAGCCCUUUUGCGGGGUUAGUAAAUGGGGAACUUGCCAUUAGCCAGAAUAUCGCGUGCUGCUGUGGUACAGCAGCCUGCAAUUCAAUCUCCUCUCCAGGUGCUAGCCCUGCAGGCGGUAUCCCCCAGGGGCUAAAGCAGGAGAGCACACACCCCUACUCAGCUCCUUCUUUUCCUUGGAGGGACCAAUGAGCGCUCUACUUACUUAACCCCCUGCUCUGGGAAAGAUGAGCUGGGAGUCAAGACUUCUGGCCUCUUUUCCCACUGACUUGCUGCCCCUCUCUCUGCCUCAGUUUCCCCCUGCUGUAAAAUGCAGGUGAAACUACUGGCCCAUCUCACAGCUCAGUAUAAUACACAAAGGGCUCUGAGAUCCUAGGGUGGGGGUUGCUACAGAAAUGCAAAGUGUUACGUUAUUAAACACGGCCCAUGUGGCAAAGUAAUUCCCUCCAAGUCAAGCUAUACUCUGUCUGAAGGCCAAGCUACCGCAGCGAAGGCCCUUUUGAGGACCCCAAGCUGGUAUUUUACCAUCUCCAAUAGCCAGUUUUCAGCAGGGCUCAGCCUCCACCAUUGGGGUCAGAUUUUCAAGAGACCUCCGUGCAAAGUCUGGCCACACGAAUUGCAGAGGGAGCAGCUGACAUCUCAAGGGUCUGGCCCCCGUGGAGGGUGCUCAGAGCUUGAGAACUGACCCAACCAGCCUGCGCCCCAUGGUGAUUUGCGGAUAGGUUGGUAUUUCUCUUUUCUUAUUCUUUGUAAAAUAAAGCACCUACGAUGUUUAGAACA